CGGGGCCGGUGAGCGGCACCGGCGGGGGAGCAGCACCGGCCCCGGGAGUGGCACCGGCCCCGGGAGCGGCACCGGCCCCGGGAGCGGCACCGGCCCGGGGAGCGGCACCGGCGGGGGAGCGGCACCGGCCCCGGGGAGCGGCACCGGCCCCGGGAGUGGCACCGGCCCCGGGAGCGGCACCGGCCCCGGGAGCGGCACCGGCCCCGGGAGCGGCACCGGCCCGGGGAGCGGCACCGGCGGGGGAGCGGCACCGGCCCCGGGGAGCGGCACCGGCCCCGGGAGUGGCACCGGCCCCGGGGCCAUGCGGGGCGCGCCCGGCUCCGCGCUGCGGGCGGCGCUGCCGCUGCUGGGAGCCGCCGUGUCCCUCUGCGCAGGCCUGCAGUGCGUGUGCCAGCUGUGUGAGCACACCAACUUCACCUGCCAGACGGAGGGCGCCUGCUGGGCCUCGGUCAUGCUGAGCAACGGGCGCGAGGAGGUGGUCAAGUCCUGCGUGUCCCUGCCCGAGCUGAACGCACAGGUCUUCUGCCACAGCUCCAAGAACGUCACCAAGACCGAGUGCUGCUACACCGACUUCUGCAACAACAUCACGCUCCGCCUGCCCCUCGCGGCGGCGGCCCCGGGCGCGGCGCGGCGCUCGGCGGUGCCGGCGGUGGCGGUGGCGGUGGCGGCGGUGGCGGUGGCGCUGGUGGCGGUGCUGGCGGCCUGCACGGCGCGGGGCUGGCGCUGCCGCGGGGCCAGGCCGCCCAACGUGGAGGAGCCGCUGUGCGAGGGCAGCCUGGUGAGCUCCGGGAAGACGCUGAAGGAUCUCAUCUCCGACAUGACCACCUCCGGCUCCGGCUCCGGUCUGCCCCUGCUGGUCCAGAGAACCAUCGCGAGGACGAUUGUGCUGCAGGAAAUCGUGGGGAAAGGACGGUUUGGAGAAGUCUGGCGCGGGAAAUGGUGCGGGGAGGACGUAGCUGUGAAGAUCUUCUCCUCCAGAGAUGAGCGCUCCUGGUUCCGGGAGGCAGAGAUCUACCAGACGGUCAUGCUGAGGCACGAGAACAUCCUGGGCUUCAUUGCUGCUGACAACAAGGAUAACGGGACGUGGACUCAGCUGUGGCUUGUCUCCGAGUACCACGAGCAGGGCUCCCUGUUUGACUACCUGAACAGGGGCACGGUGGCCGUGGAGGGCAUGGUCAGGCUGGCGCUGUCGGUGGCCAGCGGCCUGGCCCACCUCCACAUGGAGAUCGUUGGCACACAAGGGAAGCCAGCGAUCGCGCACCGGGAUCUGAAAUCCAAGAACAUCCUGGUGAAGAGGAACGAGACCUGCGCCAUCGCCGACCUGGGGCUGGCGGUGAAGCACGACUCGGUGCUCAACACCAUCGACAUUCCCCAGAACCCCCGCGUGGGCACCAGGAGGUACAUGGCCCCCGAGAUCCUGGAUGACACAAUGAACAUGAACAUCUUUGAGUCCUUCAAGCGAGCAGACAUUUACUCCCUGGGGCUGGUGUACUGGGAGAUAGCGCGGCGGUGCUCCGUGGGAGGAAUCACUGAGGAGUACCAGUUGCCUUACUACGACCUUGUGCCUUCUGAUCCUUCGAUAGAAGAUAUGAGAAGGGUUGUCUGUGAACAGAAGCUCAGACCAAGUAUUCCAAACCAGUGGCAAAGCUGCGAGGCGCUGCGGGUGCUGGGCCGGCUGAUGCGGGAGUGCUGGCGUGCCAGCGGCGCUGCGCGCCUCACCGCGCUGCGUGUCAAGAAGACCAUCUCACAGCUCUGCGUGCCCGAGGACUCCAAAGCCUGAGGGGCCUCCCCGCCUCCGGGACGGGAGGGGAAGGCGCUCUGCUGCCCAUCUUCCCACGUGUGACAGUAUUUUUGUUCCUGGUCUACCUCAGAUACCGCGGUUCAGCGCUGCGGUGCCCCGGGCAGAGCACCGGCCCCGAGCGCUGCGGCCGGCCCUGGGGCCAGGCAGCUCGGGACUCAGAGUUCGGGCUUGGGACAGCAAGUCUGUGACUUGCUUUGGUUUUUUUGAGUAAAUCAGACUCCAGUGAAUUGCGGGAAGGAGCUUAAAGCAUCAUGACAGUGUAAAAAUACCUUUUGCUGUUGUGCUUUUCACCCUUGUCGGACCCCAAACGUCCUGGAAGUGUCUGGUGUUGGUUAAUGCCUGUUUGUGAGAGAAACCUCAUAUUCUGUCCUCAAACCAAGUAAAAGACCAAAUCAACCCAGCUUCCCCCCCCCUCCUUUUUUUUUCCCAGGUAUUUGAAAAGGGGUUGUCAGUAAAUGCACUUUGAAUUACUAUAUAUAUAAUUAACCAAGCAGUUAGAAAAGAUGGCAAUUCCACCAAGUGUGUACACUGUGAACAAAACCAUUGAGUCAGUUCCCUAUUUGUUUUUAUUAUCUCAAUUUCAUGUAUACUACCAUGGUUAAAAUUUGAGUUGUUUUACUCUGUCUUUUGUUCAUCAAACAGAUCAAUCGAGGGAUGACUUUUCCUUUUAACAAUUAGUAGGAAAAAUACUAGAGCCAAUCCUUUUCUGUUAGCUGUGAAGGGAUAGAACAGGAGAAAUUCUAGCUAAACUGAGAAAAUAUUUAUUUUUAACAAUGUCUUUCCUAUCACUGAAAGCAUUUUUUUAGUGCCUUUUGAUAUUUUAGGGGAAAGCUUCACCAAAAGUAAAUGCAGCCUGUUCAGAGGUUUCCUAUAGAAUUGUGUAACAGCACCAGGCUGGUGAUGAAUAUUAACAUUUCUGACCAGGUUUCCAAAAUAUCACAAGCCAGCAAAGUGAGUUGUUGUGUUAAAAUUCAACAGUAUUCUGGCAUUUUGUGAAUUUUGGCCCACUCUGUGGCCCACAUAUUUGAAUAUAGUAUUGGAAUAUUUUUAAUAGGCAAAAUGAUACAUUUAAUAGUCUUAUGGUUCUUUAAAUGUUCCUAAAUCCAGCUGGCCAUGGAAAUGAAUCCCAAAGACGUUUCCAGGAGAGCAAAGCUUUGCAGAACCUGCUGUGGCCCCGCAGCUCGGUGGCAGGCAGCUGUCGGCUGGUCCAUGUGCAGAUCAGUCUUUGGGGAAAAUCUCCCGACUGGAGCUUGUGGGAAGAACGUGUCCAGCUCUCAGUGGGGCGGUGGUGGCGUCACUGCGGGUCCAUCCUGAUGUCCUCCUCCUCAGGAUAUUGGGGACCCUUCGUGGCUGUUAAUUGCCCAUGAAUAGGUUUGAUGCAGUUUCCCCGUUUGCACAGGGUUCAGUCACUCCUGCUUCCCCUGCACAGCGCAGGGCAGUGAGCAGUGCAGAGUGUUCCCCGAGGCUGCAGGCAGGUUUUUCUCUGAUAGAAUUAAGGUUGUCUUAGAGAUUCUCGGCAGCCGGGUCUGCUGGGAUGUGUCCCUGCCCAAGGCAGGGAGGUAAAACGGGACAAGCUUUGAGGUCUCUUCCAACCCAAUCCAUUCUGGGCUUCUGUGAUUCAAUUCUCAUGUGCUUCAGCCACCCCCUGGAGCUCAGUGAUGUGACUUUGUUGGCUGUUUGAGGGGUAAUCUUGGCAACUGCACGAUCCAAAGCCUGCUGCUGACUUGACUAUCAGAAAAAAAUUGCAAACCUAAGAUCCAGCAUCUGUUCUUGUAGGAUGUACAAGAACAUACUUUAAAAAAUCCUUAUCUUAAAAAGGAAGAAUCAAAGCUUUAUUUUUUAACUGGGAAAAGAGUUUCAGUUUUCAGUUUCCCCCGUGGAGUCUCUGAAAAUUGUUGAGCAGCCUGGUAAUUUGAACAAAACCCUUUUGGUGCCUGGCUGGGAAGUGUGGGUGGAGGAUGCUCAGCUCAGCUACUCCUCACACAGGUCACAGCUCCAGCCCCAGGAGUGCUUUAACCUUUUCCCUGGACAUAUCUCUUGGCAUCAGACAUCAUGGUCUGUUUGCCCUGGCUUUUCACCUAACUCAGUAUUUUUGCACUGGUUUUCUUUUCUCUUUUGUUGUUGAGAAGUGAAUGUACAUUUUGAUGAACCAGAGCUGAACAUAACUGAGCCAAGGGGCUGGUGUUGUACUGAGCUCUGAAAUGUUUGUAAACUCUACACUCCUUCAGAAAAACUCCAAAGAACCCUUGUUUUAGUGGCCUUUCCCCUCCGUAUGGGUUUGUGUUCUAAUUUAAGCACAGAGGUUAUGCCAAGACACUUCUGUGCAGUUUAGGGAGGCUUGGGUUUCCUCAGAGGUUACAAUGUUCCUGAUAAUCUUCACUUAAAGCACAAGCUCUUAAGCUCAUGAACCUUUUCAAGGUCAAGGAUGCUCAAAACCUGUCACCACAUUCAGCCUCUCCUAAUCGAUGCUUCUAACUGGGGGGAGUUACCAAUAUUUUAUAAUUUGCUUCUAAUAACAAUCUAAGUUUAAUGUAGGAAUUAUGCACUGAAAGGGAAAGUUAAUUAAUGUUUCUUGUAGCACCAAAUUUUUUUUGUGUUACUUGAACUGCUGCCCCCAGACACUCCUUUAGAAAUUCAGGUUGUAAUCUCCUCUGCGCUUCCCUGCUCUUAUAAUUUGCACUUAAUCAAGCUCAUGCCCUCACAUGACACUGUAAAGAAUCCUACAAUAUCUUAGUCAUUGCUAUGUCACUUUGCUUGGUACUAGAUUCAGGAAUUAGAAAUAAAUUAGUUUAGAAAUAUGCCCAGUCCCUGCAAUGGGUCUGGACUUUGAGCAGGGCAAGUUCCUCUCAGUCCCCGUCUGCCCGGAGCUCCUGUGCCAAGGGUGGGCUCGAGGCUGCCCCCAGCUCCCCUGGCUCGUGGGAAGGGCUGUCUGGGUUUUGCCUGGGGCAGGAUGGCAGGAGAGGGGCAGGGGUGGCACUGCAGGGCUCUGAGCACGGUGCCACAGGUGGGCACAGGCCCUGCUGCCUCCUCUGGCUGCACAGGCGGGAGGCACAAGGAAUCUUCGUGUGGAUGAAGGUUACGGCUCAACCCCCUGCUCUGGUUCUGCAGGGUCUGUGAGGACGUCCUUGGGGUGUCCCUGAGGUGUCCCUGGGGAGCCCUGGGGUGUCCCCAGCAGCACUGCAGGCGUGUCCCCUCCUCUGCCCUUGGCUGUGCCAGCUGUGUGUCUGUGACUCGCCAUGGGCCGUGGGACCCCACCCCCCAAAGCUUUUAGGGAAAGGUGUCCAUGUUCUGCUCUAAAGGGCAGAACGACAUUAAUGAAUGUACAGGGAAUAAGCAUUGAGGUACAAUAUAUUUCUACAGAAUAUAGAAAUGUGCAAUAAAUUGUAACUUAUGCUGAAUGUAUUUUUGGCAUCAAUGGACCAGAUGUAUUUUGAAUGUAGCUAUUUUGUCUAAGCCUGCUGUGGUUCUCAGUCCCUACGAAAAACGUGUCAUAUUUUGUCAAUCUACAAACCACUUCCUGAGUUGUAUGUUUUUAAAAGAAGCAUUAGUAUUUUAUCUGGAACACUGUAAUAUUUCUGAACUAAGUAUAGCAGAGCUAACUUCAACCCUUGUGUUGUGAAAUAUCUGAUCUGUGUACACUGCAGAGUUAUUUUUAAAACUAUUGCUAAAGUUAUUGCUCGAUAUUGCAGCUGCCUGGAUGUAAAUAAUGGUUUGGCUGUUGUAUUUUGUAUGUGGAUUUGGGGAAGACGUGGCAAUUUUAAUAAAUUCAGCAUACUCUGCCCUUUGUGUUCCUGUGGCCUGGAACUGUUCUUAUUUUCAUCGUGUGAGGAGAGAAGGGUUGAGCCUGUCUGAAGCUGUAGAAACCUUCACUCGUGGCUCUUGCACACACACCAGUGUGAGCUCUCACUGAGCUCCCUUUCAAGCAAGGCUCCCUGAUCCUGCUCUUGCAGCUUUUGAGAUUUUCAGUGGUGUAAAUCUGAGAGGGACCAGCUCACAGCUCACCCUGAGCACCUCAGCUCUGGAGUGUUUAUGCUCGAAAAUUCCCCUGACAUAGCCAGGAAAUUAUCUGGGAAUUUAAAUCAGGUGCUUUUUUUAACUUAAGGCAUGUCAAAAUGAAAUCUGCCAUGCUGUGACCCAAGAAACUUCAGUGGCAUUUGAAGGAUACUGUGGGCUUUUUUUUUUUUUUUUUCUUUUCUUUUUUUCUUAUUUCUUAAAAAGACCUUUGCAUUACAGCAAUGACUGGUGAACUCUCAGGUCCCUGCACAUCUCCAGGACGGUGUCAUUGCCGCGGUGCUGGCUGUGCCCGGGCAGUCGGGCUCAGGUCCCGAUGCAGCCGCAGCCGCCGGGGGCU